GGUAGAAUGAUUUGUUUUUAAAAAAUCCAGUUUAACAAAAAAAAAAAUCUUUAAAAUGGCACAAAAAGUCGUUUACAUCUCCAGCACACAUCUCCGAACGCAAUGUGAUAAAAUUGAAGUGAUAAAAAACCGCAGCCAAAUGGUGCAUUCCCUCAUCAGAGCUUAUAAUCUCUUGUCAGAUCCAAAAGUAACGGUGAAACAUCCUCGUCGCAUAGCCCCUUCCGAAUUGCUUGACUUUCAUUCGUCUGACUACGUGAAAUACUUAAAAUCACUUCCGACGGUCGAUUCGUCGUUCAAUAAUUCCUCAUUUUUGUCAGAUACUUCAGAUGCUGCUAUCACAGACGACGAUUUAGAGUUCGGAAUCGGCUAUGAUUGCCCGAAAAUCGAUAAUUUAUUGGAAUUUUGUUUGUCCCUUGCAUCGGGUACCAUUUCCGCUGCCGAAGCAAUUCUCACGAAAGAAGCUGACAUCGCGAUAAAUUGGUGCGGCGGAUGGCAUCAUGCCCAGCGAGACUCUGCGGCGGGCUUUUGUUACGUAAAUGACAUCGUUCUCGGCAUCGAAAGGCUCAAGGAACGCUUCAAGCGCAUCUUGUACGUCGAUUUGGACGUGCAUCACGGCGACGGCGUCGAACAAGCCUUCUAUUCCACACAAAAAGUCCUCACUUUGUCAUUUCACGUCCUUGAACCGGGAUAUUUUCCCGGCUCAGGCAGCAUCGAAGCCAAUGGAAUCGGCAACGGGAAGGGAUUUUCCAUAAAUGCACCUUUUAAAUUCAACAUUGGCUCGCAAUACAUCGAUUAUUUCUGUGAUAUUUUUGACGCAGUGACGGAAAGUUAUCAACCGGAAGUGUUUGUCGUUCAAUGUGGCGCCGAUAUUCUCGCGGGAGACCCUUUGGGGAGUGCAAAUUUGCAAAUUUCUGACAUGAUGACGUGCGUUGAGCGAAUUUUAAGCAAAAAUGGACCAAAAAUCUUCCUUGGCGGAGGCGGAUAUGACCCGAUAAGUGCCAGCAAGUACUGGACUUCACUCACGGGACUCAUUUUAGGGCGAGAAUUAAACGAAGACGUGCCCGAUCAUGAAUUUUUCCUCAAAUACGGCCCUUGUUACACCCUGAAUUUGGAUAGAAAACAAUUAAAAGACUUUAAUGACAAGGAAGAACUGAUGGAAAAUAUGAAAAAAAUACACGAGUGCCUCGAAAAAUACGUCAAAAGUAAAAAAGUUUCGUAAAUUUUAACGUAUAAUCAUUUAUUUUUUAUCAUUUCUCAUUUUUUUUAAGUAAUUUUAUUAUUUACCAAUUUUUUUUUAGAUUUAUUUAUUUUUUAAAGUAAUAAUUAUUAUCAUAAUCGUUAUUUUUAUCAUUAAAUAGGUUUUUUUUAAGUUUAAUGUUACAGCGGAAUAUCGAAAAUUACGUUUAACUAAUGAAUUAUUGUAUCUUUCUUCAUUUUUUUUUGCUCUAAAUUAAAUUUUUAAUA